AUUGCCUUCUGAUAGUAGAUUGUUGAUGAUAUUCAGGAGAACAAACAAGCUGCUGGGGAUCGAUGGACAGGAAAAAUUAAUUUUGUUGAGAUAUGCACAUUUUGGCAUAUUUUUAGGAGUUUCGAUAGAAUGUGGAGCUUUUUUAUCUUGUGUCUACAGGCAAUGAUUAUCAUUGCUUGGAAUGGAUCGGGGAAACUAAGUUCUGUAUUUGAGGGUGAUGUAUUCAAGCAAGUAUUGAGCAUCUUUAUCACUGCUGCGAUAUUGAAACUUGCACAAGCUAUCCUUGAUAUAAUUAUGAGCUUUAAAGCCAGGCGCAGCAUGUCGUUGCAUGUCAAGCUACGAUACAUUUUGAAGGCUGUUUCUGCUGCAGCUUGGGUGAUAGUUUUACCGGUGACUUACGCGUAUAGUUGGCAAAAUCCUACUGGAUUUGCACAGACCAUUAGGAAUUGGUUCGGCAAUAGUCCAAGUUCACCUUCAUUGUUCAUUGUGGCAGUUCUAGUUUACCUAUCUCCAAAUAUGCUAUCUGCAUUGUUGUUUCUGUUUCCAUUCAUUCGCCGGCACCUGGAAAGGUCGAACUAUAAGAUUGUUAUGCUCAUUAUGUGGUGGUCUCAGCCUCGGCUAUAUGUUGGAAGGGGAAUGCAUGAGAGCGCAUUUUCUCUUUUCAAGUAUACUAUGUUUUGGGUUCUCCUCAUAGUGGCGAAGUUAGCAUUCAGUUACUAUGUAGAGAUAAGCUCUCUUGUGCGUCCUACAAAAGAUGUUAUGCGAAUUCACAUAACAACUUACCAAUGGCAUGAGUUCUUCCCUCGAGCCAAGAGCAAUAUUGGUGUUGUGAUUGCAAUCUGGGCACCUAUUGUUCUUGUCUAUUUCAUGGAUAUCCAGAUUUGGUAUGCUAUUUUCUCCACAAUAUUUGGAGGUAUAUAUGGUGCAUUUCGCCGUCUUGGAGAGAUUCGAACACUGGGCAUGCUGAGGUCUCGAUUUUCAUCAUUGCCGGGUGCUUUCAACGCUCGCUUGAUUCCACCCGAAAACAAUGAGAAGCCUAAAAGGGGUCUCAAAGCUACAUUAUCUCGAAGAUUUGAUGAGGUCCCAUCGAACAUAGAGAAGGCGUCAGCAAGAUUUGCUCAGUUGUGGAACAAAAUAAUUACUAGCUUCAGAGAGGAGGAUCUAAUAAAUAAUAGAGAAAAGAACCUUUUGCUUGUCCCAUAUUCGGCUGAUCGUGAUCUGAAUCUUAUCCAGUGGCCUCCAUUUUUACUUGCUAGCAAGCUGCCAAUAGCUUUGGAUAUGGCUAAAGAUAGCAACAAGAAAGACCAUGAGCUGAAAAAGAGAUUGCAGGCAGACAAUUAUAUGCUCUGUGCUGUAAAGGAGUGUUAUGCUUCAUGCAAAAACAUCAUCAAAUUUUUAGUUUUAGGGCAACGUGAACAAGCUGUUAUAAAUGAUAUUUUCUCUGAAGUCGAUCUUCAUAUGCAAGAAGAUGAUCUGAUCCGUGUAUUGAAUAUGAGUGCUCUGCCUAGCCUCUACGAACAAUUUGUUCAGCUAAUUGAGUAUCUGAGAGAAAAUAAAAAAGAAGACAAGGAUAAGGUUGUCAUUGUAUUGCUCAACAUGCUGGAGGUUGUGACCAGAGACAUAAUGGACGACCCAAGUCCUAGUUUGCUAGAUUCAAGCCAUGGUGGAUCUUAUGGAAUGGAUGAGGGAAUGACACCUCUGGAUAAGCAAUAUCAGUUCUUUGGAGAACUUAGGUUUCCAGUUACAGAUGACAUAGAAGCUUUCAAUGAGAGAAUUAAAAGGCUUCAUCUAUUGCUUACAGUGAAGGAAUCUGCUAUGGAUGUGCCAUCCAAUUUAGAAGCUAGAAGACGUCUUUCUUUCUUCUCAAAUUCAUUGUUUAUGGACAUGCCUGCAGCGCCAAAAGUUCGCAAUAUGCUUUCCUUUUCUGUCCUAACUCCGUACUUUAAUGAGGAUGUCCUUUUUUCCAUGAAUCACCUGGAAAAGCAAAAUGAAGAUGGUGUAUCUAUCCUAUUCUACUUGCAAAAAAUUUUUCCAGAUGAAUGGACCAAUUUUCUUGAACGGAUCGAAUGCGGAAGUGAGGAAGAAAUAAAAGGAAAUCCAGAACUGGAAGAAAAACUUUGUCUAUGGGCCUCAUAUAGAGGCCAGACAUUGACCAAAACUGUACGAGGCAUGAUGUACUUUCGGCAGGCCUUUGAACUUCAGGCUUUCCUUGAUAUGGCAAAGGACGAAGAGUUGAUGAAAGGAUAUAAGGCUGCUGCAUCAAAUACUGAGGAACUACUAAGGGAUGACAGGUCAUUGUUGGCACAAUGUCAAGCAGUAGCUGAUAUGAAGUUCACAUAUGUGGUGUCAUGCCAGCAAUAUGGCGUUCAGAAACGAUCUGGUGAUGCCCGUGCCCAAGGCAUUUUGAGGCUUAUGACAACGUAUCCAUCUCUUCGCGUAGCUUAUGUCGAUGAGGUAGAAGAAACUAGCAAAGAUAAAACCAAAAAGACGGUUGAGAAGGUUUAUUAUUCAGCUCUUGUGAAGGCAGUACCAAAGUCUGUUGACUCAUCUGAGCCAGGUCAAAGCCUAGACCAGGUAAUCUAUCGGAUAAAACUUCCAGGACCUGCUAUAUUGGGUGAAGGAAAACCAGAAAAUCAAAAUCAUGCCAUAAUAUUCACACGUGGAGAAGGCUUGCAAACGAUAGAUAUGAACCAGGAUAACUACAUGGAAGAAGCCUUUAAAAUGAGGAACUUGUUGCAAGAAUUUCUUACAAAGCAAGGAGUGAGGAAUCCAACAAUACUAGGACUUAGAGAGCAUAUAUUCACUGGCAGUGUUUCUUCUCUUGCAUGGUUCAUGUCAAUUCAAGAGAAUAGCUUUGUAACAAUUGGACAGAGAUUGUUGGCUAAUCCCUUGAAGGUUCGCUUCCACUAUGGGCAUCCAGAUGUGUUUGAUAGACUCUUUCACCUGACCAGAGGGGGUGUCAGCAAAGCUUCCAAAACCAUCAACCUAAGUGAAGACAUAUUUGCAGGUUUCAAUUCUACGCUACGUGGAGGCAAUGUUACUCAUCAUGAAUACAUGCAAGUUGGUAAAGGAAGGGAUGUGGGCCUUAACCAGAUAUCGAUGUUUGAGGCAAAGAUAGCCAAUGGCAAUGGUGAACAGACGAUGAGUCGUGACAUAUAUAGACUUGGCCACCGGUUUGAUUUCUUCCGAAUGUUGUCGUGUUAUUUCACAACUGUGGGUUUCUAUUUCAGCACCUUGCUAUCUGUGCUUACAAUCUAUGUAUUUCUCUACGGUCGCCUUUAUCUAGUUCUCAGUGGGCUUGAAGAAGGAUUGAGUACGGUACCAGCUAUUCGGGACAACAAGGCCCUCCAAGCAGCUCUUGCUUCUCAGUCUAUUGUGCAAAUUGGAUUCUUGAUGGCAUUGCCUAUGAUGAUGGAAAUAGGGCUUGAGAAGGGUUUCCGGAAUGCAUUGAGUGAUUUUGUACUGAUGCAACUACAGUUGGCUUCUGUAUUUUUUACAUUUUCUCUUGGAACAAAGACCCAUUACUAUGGAAGAACUUUGCUUCAUGGUGGUGCACAAUACAGAGGUACAGGUCGUGGCUUCGUUGUGUUCCACGCGAAGUUCGCUGAGAACUAUAGGCUGUACUCCCGGAGUCACUUUGUCAAGGGAAUUGAAUUGAUGAUUUUACUUAUUGUGUACGAAAUUUUUGGUCAAUCUUAUAGAGGUGCAGUUCCAUACAUACUGAUUACUAUAUCAAUGUGGUUCAUGGUGGGGACAUGGCUUUUUGCUCCCUUUCUCUUCAAUCCCUCGGGGUUUGAGUGGCAAAAAAUUGUUGAUGACUGGACAGAUUGGAAUAAGUGGAUAAACAACCGUGGAGGAAUUGGUGUGCAUCCUGAAAAGAGUUGGGAAUCAUGGUGGGAAACAGAACAAGAGCAUCUUCGUAAUUCUGGGAUGCGUGGUAUCAUUUGUGAGAUUUUGUUGUCUAUGCGCUUUUUCAUCUAUCAGUAUGGACUUGUAUAUCACCUGAGCCUUACAAGGAAAACCCAAAAUGUUCUGGUUUAUGGUCUAUCAUGGGUUGUGAUCUUGGUAAUAUUGUUUGUGAUGAAGGCUGUGUCUGUUGGAAGGAGAAAAUUUAGUGCAGACUUCCAGCUUGUGUUUAGAUUGAUCAAAGGCCUAAUCUUCAUGACAUUUGUCGCUUCUGUUAUUCUUUUGAUAGUACUUCCCCAUAUGACAUUUAGGGAUGUCAUAGUAUGCAUUCUUGCUUUCUUGCCAACUGGAUGGGGUUUGCUUCUGAUUGCACAAGCUUUGAAGCCCGUGGUUAAACAUACUGGAAUCUGGUCAUCUGUUCGGACACUUGCUCGUGGUUAUGAAAUAAUCAUGGGUUUGCUUCUUUUUACUCCUGUUGCAUUCUUGGCUUGGUUCCCGUUCGUGUCAGAAUUCCAAACUCGGAUGUUGUUCAAUCAAGCGUUUAGCAGAGGUCUACAGAUCUCACGUAUUCUUGGUGGACAGAGUAAGGACCGCUCCUCCAAAAACAAAGAGUAAGUAUAAGUAUGUAUCUCCGUACCAUUUCCUCUAUCCUUGGGAACUACAUUCCUUGGGAUUACCUCCAUAGGUGUUUUGUAUAGUCCAUUCUACACACGACAUGAUAUGCAGGUUUUGUUGUAAAUAUAGAUUGGAUAUAGAAACGUGUAAGGCAUGCUAGCUAUAUAAUGUUACUGGCAUGUAUAGAGAUGUUAUUAUAUCUUCUAGGUGAAUCAGAAGGUUAGAUAAUUGAGCAUAUGGAGAGAUGGACAUCUAUCAUUACUCUGUUUGUAGAUGCUAUAUUGCCCCUAAUGCCAUUUUUGAGAGUUGCAUUACUAAGGACAUCAAUACUAAGACCUACUUUGUUGUCCUUAUGAGA